AUGGGUUUGCUUUUUAGGCCCCCUAGUAAUCAAAACCAAGACCUUGAGAAGGGCAAUUCAGGGAAAUUGACCCACCGACCUGUUACUCCCGCACAAGUCAACAACUCCGAGAGGAGCAACUCCAAAGUCCCAAUCAACGCCACCCCAGCAGCAACCAACAGCAACGCCGCUGCUGCCGCAGCCAACGCCGGUGAUCCUGCACAGCUGGCCCCACAACAAUCUGUUGUUCGCGAGCAGGACCAAUACAUGCCUAUCGCGAACGUGAUCCGCAUAAUGCGUCGUAUUUUGCCACCCCAUGCAAAAAUAUCUGACGACGCCAAGGAGACCAUCCAGGAGUGUGUGUCCGAGUACAUUGCCUUCAUCACUGGGGAGGCCAACGAGCGCUGCCGGCGAGAGCAGCGCAAGACCGUCACUGCCGAGGACAUCCUCUGGGCGAUGGGGAAGCUUGGCUUCGACAACUACGUCGAGCCCCUCACUCUUUUCCUCCAGAAGCACCGGGAGUCGGAGAACAGCGACAGGUCCACUCUGAGAGCUGAGUUUAUGAAGAGGGAUCGUGCAGUGGAUUUUGGACCUGCUGGGCCCCCGAUUGCUCUAAUGCCUCCUCCUCCACCGCCUUAUGGGCCGGGCUAUCCUUUUGGGCCCCAGCAUGGUCCUGGGAUGUUCGACCCAUCCAUGCUUGGGAUGUUUAGGGAUGGGUCGUCAUCUGGCUCGGGCGGAGGAGCUGGGUCUUCUUCGGCUUCAGGGGAUCAGGGCCAGAAUUCCUUGGAGGGGUUUGAUCCGUUUGCUCAGUUCAAGUGAGCACAAUUUAAAGCAGGGUCUCUGCUUACCAGAAAACAAUGAAUAAGCAGUAAUUAAAGUCUUUGGGAAUAAUAAAGUACUCGCUGGUUGUUGCUGUUGUAGACCAGUGUGGUGUACUUUUAUGUUUUAUCAUGGUUUCAGAAUAGCUGGGUUGUUUCAUUUGAGUGUUUCAAGACAGCUUGAGUAGUUGUGAUGUAAUCUUUGAUUAAUGAAACUCUUUUAUUUGGUA